CCCACGGCUCAGAGCUUGUUACUCCACAGAGGAUUUCAAACAGAUGUUUCCAAAUGCAGCUGGAAGCAGAAGGCUCAUACGAGUGUUCGGUCACUGGUCUGGUUUUUGAAGCAAGCGAGCCGGUUCUGGUGCGGUAUUCGGUCCUAUCCUGGUCCAAGUUUGGCUCGUUCUUAUCAAACUCCUGGAAAUUUGCUGGACCAAUCUUCGACAUUGACACCGUCAACAAGGAGGCGUCUGUGCUCACAUCCAUCCACCUCCCCCACUCUGUUUGCUUAGCCCAGUCUCCUGACAACAGUGUGCUAUUCAGGAUCUUGCAUGUUGUUGAUGAGGCUUUCAUCGAACCACCCUCAGACUACUCAGGUAGCCACGUUAAGUGGAGCGUGAGGUCCCUGUCCCCUGUGUGUCCCAUCAUUCCAGCAGAUGAACAGGCUGAGUACCAUGGCGCGGUUCUGAUCUACAAACGGAUCAACACCAACAACCACAUCUUCCAUGUCUACCUGGCCCUGAAUAAUAUUUCUGCCAUUAAAGAAAUAGAUGAACAGGUUCAGAGCUACACGAAUAAAUACAUCAGGAUGGAUAAAUCUUCCAUGUGCAGACUGAUUGAGGGGACGUUUCGCUUUUCAAGUGAGCCGGAGGGAGUGGUCAGUCCUAAGGAGCUGGAAUUUACACUAGCUGAGAUACAGUUAAUAGGCUUUUUCGAAGUUGUCUUUGACGACCAGCCUCCAUUUGAAUGGUCUCUAAUGAAGAGCACGGAUGAGGUCGUUUGGUCUGCUGUCAUCAGAUCAGAUGACUGGUGGGCUGCAUUAAAAGAAAACCAAGGGAAAAGAGCCAUAUGUGAAGUUGAAGCGAAAAAUGAGACAAAGAUCCAUCGGGGUCAGGACCUGUCAGAGUUAGAUCUCCUGCAGCUCGCCGAGAACUUUGGGUCAGAGUGGAGGCAGGCAGCCAUCUACUUAGGUCUACUGAGCAAAGACCUGGAUGACAUCCUGGAGACGGAGAAAGAUGUGACCAUGCAGAAGCAUAAGAUGCUGGUAAAGUGGAAGAACAGAAGGGGGCAAGGAGAAGCUACUGCGUCUGCCCUGUUGGAAAGUUUGAAAAAGAUGAAGAACUUGUCCACGAACGUUCGCGACACUCUGCAAGAUUUAUUGAAAGCAGAUGAUGAGUCCAUGGACGAAUAAGCUUCUACAUAAAAAAUGGAUUCAACAAACUGCAGCAAGGAUCUCAGGAGUUUGAUGAAGUGUCAUUGACAGGAGGACCAAACUUCGCCUCUCUUUUGUUUUUAUUUUCUACACACCAAACAAUAACUUUUGUGUUUACAUUUAAAAUGUGCCAAAAUCCGUAUCCCAUUACAUGUUCAUGAAGGUUUCAUUUGUGAACAAUGGCAGGUCAGUGGCAAGUGAGGUGUGUGAAUGUGUGUGUACCAUUUUAGGUAAAAUCCUGUGGAAUAUUUAGCAAAACGGCAUUAAAACAGAUUCAUAUGCCAUCGUUUACUCAUCAUGUGAGUGACUCAGUGGAAAGAUGAAUGCAACUGGGUGAAUCUGGCUGUGUAAAGUGGUUUGUGUGGUCAGUAACUGAAAAAGUGCUAUGUAGAAAUUUUAUCUACUUACCAUUUACGUUCACCAUGUUCUUUAUAUAUCGUUUUAGCUGUUACAAUUCUUUUUACUUGUGGUGCAAUUUUAUACGCCUAUUAACGGCAUGUAAAUAAAAUAAAAGCAGCUAUUUUUUUAUUGCGUACCAGACAAGAGUAAAUAUGUUGUAUUUGUAAAAUAAA